AUGUCUAGCAUCGCAUCAGACCAUGAUGACCAUUCUUCGGCAACAUCAUCAUCAUCGACAAGUGACGAGCACGACACGUCUCCUGCUGAAGAUGUUGACCCCGCGUCAGGCACCCAUGCCAACGGGUUGCGGAGCAGCGUUGCAGGUGUGAUUGAUCCGGUUGUCGUGGAGGAGGAGGAGGAGGAGGAGGAGAAGGAAGCAGCGGCGACUAUGGGCUUCAGGGCAAGGAUAAUCAUGUGUUUGCGAACGAAUUCGAGUAGCGUUGUCACCAUCCACGGUCUUCACGGCCACCGUGAGACAACUUGGCAAGCGCGGGAUGAAUCGAAACAAGAGACAGUCCGUGGAUUGAAGGAAUUCGGGUGGGAGCUGGGCUUCCGUUUGAUGAAUUAUGGUUACGAUGCUUUCAAGACGCUCUCGAAAGAGGGCAUCACUAAGGAGGCAUCAAAGUUACUGCGUACGGUUGCAGAUGCAAGGAAUGCAAAAGACAAGGCUUUGUAUCAGUCCGUCAUGAAUCCAGGAUAUGCCGACAUCGCCGAGUCCACCAAAUGGAUUUUAUUCAUCGGCUAUCCACACAGAUGGCAUAGCGUCUUCGAUAUGGAAGAGAAGAUUGCAUGGCUUUUCUUCUCGGGUUCAAAAUUACCCAAGGGAAAUUCGCUGCUUCACAUCAAAAGCCUCGCAAGGGCCGUCAUCGAUUGCAACCUGGCUUUCGUAGAGUCCAAGAUUCUUCUAAAGACGGAUAUCCUCAGUGUCCGAUCUACCCUCACGGACCUAAAUGAAUGCAUUUUCCCUGAAUUUGACGCGACGCUCGCGACUGGAACUGUAUACAAAUACGAAUUUCCUCAGCCCCAUGCGGCUUUGGCCUGCGCAGAGCAGAUUUCGGAGUUGAAAUCGACCUUUGAAUUCUUCAAAAAUCGGCUACAGCUAGAUCAUGGACUGGUGAAAUUAGCAGAGGUAUCAUCAUAUAUGAACGCACUCGUGGCACAGGCGCCUCCGGUCCGACCAGUCCUAUUCAACCGAUAUCAGAGAAACCCUCUGGCUAACAACCAACAAUACAUCAACUGGCGGGAGAGCACUGAUUCCAAUGUUUUGGUUAUCCAUGGGCAAAACCCAAGGCCAUGGCUUUCUGGAUCCGUCUUCGAAGACCUACUGAAGAAUUCCUCAGAUGAUGGGAUUUGGAGCUACUUCUCAUUUGAUGGGGGCGAUGACCGCUACAAGGAUACAUGGGCAUUCCUUUCAACCAUGGCCACACAGUGGGUAAGGACGGAAGAGGUUCUCAAAUCCGACUUUGACUUUGAAAACGACAUGUCUCGCUUUCUAGCACAGCGCACUCUUACUGAGGACGACUUGCUUGUGUUAUUGAGCAGGAUUCGAUACUUCUACAGCAAGGGAGAAAUGGUGUUUGUGCUUGACAACCUGGAUGAAUGCUCGGACAAGCUCUCUUCGUUCUGGCGUUUGGCAGCCGAAAUGUCAGAAUCGCGGGAGAAGCAAUGGAAAUUCCUGAUCAUGACCAAGUCGAUAGACUCGCUCGAUGAAUGGCUGAAGGGCUCGCCGACAAUUGUACUCGAGGAUGAAUUCUCACUGGAAGAUUUCGAUCCCUGCGUCAGGGAUGAGAUUGACUACGCGUUGCAUCAGCUCGAUGCCAGAUACGCAUCAACACUGUCAAUCGGCAGAUAUCGAGACGAUAUGUUGAGGAAAUGCGGUAAUGAUGUUGGCCUGGCCCGGCUCCUCGUUCAAGAUAUCCAGAACAGCCCCUCUUUAGAUGCUCUCACAAAUGCCCUGGAGAGGCUUCCGGAAGUGAAUUUGGAAGUUCUCUUCCGGAAGACUAUGCGCGCCGUGCCGGAAGCUAAGCGCAGUCUCGUGGCCAGGGCCAUUACCUGGCUCGUGUUUGCCUUUCGGCCCCUUAGUAUUGGCGAACUGCGCUCAGUACUUGGCAUAUCUGAAUCGACCCAGGAUGCAGAUGGUAUGGGGGCAAUGAAUGCGCUGACUGGCAUCCCAAUCUUUGAUUUCUCCAACCCGCAGGAGAUGCGCUUCCAACAUGCAGAGCUAAAGAAUCUGAUUCUCCAGUGUGACAAGGAGGAGUGGUAUCAUGUCCAGGCAACUGCACACGAAAUGAUGGCAGAAGCCUGCCUUGCAUUCCUGGGCACCACUAGUGCCUAUGAUGCUUUAAACAUGGUGUGCGAGGUUCGGCAUGGUGUUUUGUCAACACCAUGUGUCCGGCCCCGGGUAGAUGUAGCCACUUAUGCUGUGUGCUACUGGGAUCGACACUAUCGACUUGCAUCCAACAAGAGUCGUUUGAUAACACAAGUGGUGGAGUUUUUCAAGAGCAAGGCAGCGUUCCGGAGUUGGCAGAUGGCACAUUGGUUCAUGUCGAAUCCGUUCUCUCGGGUGGACCGUACCUAUGUUUGCCUACUACCGGUCGUGGCUUCCAUGGGCCUGGACGAUGUAUAUGAGCGAUGGAUACAAGACGACGGCAUGUCCGAAGCCGAGCAAAAGCUGUGGCUUCCGUAUGCUGUGGCCGAGGCGGCAAGAAACAGACAUGGCAGUUUGGUGCUUCACUUGUUACGGUCAGUGGAGCUGGACAGGGCAACAGCCGAGUACGUGCUCGAAGCAGCUUGCUCGGGGGGAGACGAGGACGUGCUUGUGGAUGUCGUGUCACACAUUCGCAAGACGGCGGUGCCAUCAUUCACAUGGCCGGCUUUUGUCGUCCGCCGCGCGGCAUGGAAUGGUCAUGCCAAGGUUGUGCAGGCGCUGAUAGACGAGGGCGCCGACAUCAGUGGCAACGAAGGAGCGCCGUUUGGCCAAUGCUCUCUGUAUGUAGCAGCACGCAACGGCCACGUCGAGGUGGUCAAGCUGGUGGCCAUGCACGAUGAAAGCCUUGUGACGGCGCGCGACGAGCAGGACAAUUCGGUGCUGGAUGCGGCGGCCUGGCAGGGAAAUGCUAACAUGGUCAGACUGCUACUCGAGAAGGGCGCUCCCCUUAACGCAGACGACGGCGGAGCCAUUAGCAGUGCAUGUGGCAUAGGCGCGCACGCUGCCGUACGCGUGCUCCUCGAACACGGGGCGCAGACAGAAACGAAGGGCGAUGGCGAAAGGUGGCCGCCGCUGCACAUGGCUAUCCAAGAAGGCGCGUGGCAGUGUGUUCAAGAGCUGCUUCAGUUCAAGAGCGACGCGAACCACGAAUGCUUAGGCGACACGCCGCUGAUGUUUGCUGUCAGAGCAAAGCGGCUCGACAUGGUGCAGCUGCUGGUGGAGCAUGGGGCGGAUGUAAACAAGCGGCAUGACGAGCAGACGGCGACGGCUCUGCAGACGGCUGUGAGCCAGAAGGGCGGGCGGGCCAUGGUGGAGUGGCUGGUGGACAAGGGCGCCGACGUCAACCUGCGCACGCCCGAGAGCUCGCCCCUGUUUGGCGCAUGCCUGGAAGGUGAUGUCGACAUGGUGCGGCUGCUGCUCGACAAAGGCGCCAAGGUGAACGACGUGUGCAGCCUGUGGACGCCGCUACAUAGCGCAUACAAGAGCGCCGCCGUGACGCGCCUGUUGCUCGAGGCUGGCGCAUCCGUUGAUCAAGUUGUGGACGGGAGCUGGCGCCCGCCGCUGUUCCUCGCGGCCGAAUGGGGCCAGACGGACGUAGUAGAGGUGCUAGUCGAGCACCAUGCCGACGUCAACCUGCCCUAUCGACCCGCCGACGUCGAAACGCUGUCCGGCUUCACGCCGCUGCUCGCUGCCCUCAAGGCCGGCCAUGGCGACACGGCGCGCGUGCUGCUCGAGGCCGGCGCCGACACCAGCAUUAAGCCAGCAAGUGGCAUCCAUCCCGUCUUGUACAUGGACACGACGGACUUGCUGCGCAUGGUGCUCGAGUUCCAGCCUGACCUUGGCCUGGCCGACCGCGACGGCGACACGGCCCUCAACGCUGUCCUAGAACGUGACACCGUCCAGCUGGCGGACGUGAAGCUGCUCGUCCAUGCCGGCAGCAACGUCGACACCACCAACACGGCCGGCUGGACGCCACUACACAAGGCCAUUGACAAGGACAAGCUGGACAUUGCGCGCUUCUUGCUCAAGCGCGGCGCCAAUGCCAAUGCCCUCGCCCUCGAAACCGGCGCCCCGUUGCACCUGGCCUGCUCCAAGGCCUCUCCCGCUGCCGUCCGCCUCUUGGUUGACGCCGGCGCCAAUGUUAAUCUCAUCGCCUCCUACCAUGGCUCACCUGCCCAGGCCGCCUGCGGCCGCUCGUUCGCUUUCGGUGUGGAUGUGGAGGACGACGACGUAGAGCGCACGAUACUCGAGGUCCUGCAAUGCCUUGUUUCCGACACCGCCACGAUGGACGUCAACGCCACCGGCGGGCUCUACGGGUCGGCCCUAGCCGCCGGUAGCCACCGCGCCACGGCUCCAGUCCUGCAAUUCCUGCUCCGUCUCGGCGCGACGACGGACACGUGUGACCAGGCCGGCCGCUACCCCAUUCACCUCGCCGCCGUUAGACCUACCACGGCCAACUUUGUCGUCCUGCGUGACGCCAACGCCAAUCUCUACGCACGUGACAACGCCGGUCGCACGCUGGUGCAUUUCGCCAUCGUGAGUGGGAAUCUGCAUCUGCUCCGUUGUGUGCUGCAGGCCACCAAUGGCCUACUCCAUGCACCCGAUGCCGACGGCUGGACUCCGCUGCACUACGCCGCCAGAGGCACCUACUACUGCCACUCCGACCUAGUCGAUCAGGACAUGCGCGAACAGCGCAAGCAUGAGUUUGUCGUCUUCCUCAUCGACCAGGGCGCCGAUAUCUGCGCUCUCACCGUUGGGCCUGAUGGCAAGCAGUCAUCGCCGCUCAAGCUGGCCAACUACCAUGGUGCCAAGCAAGAGACUUUACACCUGUUGACGCCCGAUAACAAUGUCAACAACAAUGCCAUGGCAUGGGAUCAAAUCUCUCACCAAUCAAAAAAGGCCUUUGAUGCAUGGCCGACUAUUUACUGCGAUGCUUGUCUCUACAAAGUCAGCGGCUUCCGCUACGAGUGCAGAGAUUGCUGGGAUUUCGAUUUUUGCUACAAGUGCUAUGCCAACAGACAUGUGCUGCACCCACAUCACGAAUGGAAUACCAUGGGCCAGGAGUUUGAAGACGAGCCAGAUGCUCAAUCCGAAGCCGCUAACCAAGACUCGGACAGCGAUGACGACACAGACUCGGAAAGUGAUGAUAGCUCUAGUAAGGAGUCCUCUACAUAG